AUGCGUGUGAAUUUGUUAGACCAGUUGAUAGACCAGGAGCUGCUUCGCUUCCCCAACCUCCACGAACGCAUAGUGGACGUGGUGACCUCUCUCCUACGCAAGCGUCUCCCACCAACCAAUGAGAUGGUUACCAAUCUCGUGUCCAUUGAACUCUCCUACAUCAACACCCGGCAUCCCGACUUCACAGAAGCGCUCCUUCUCCACCGACAACAGCCUCCGGGGCUUGCAGCUCUGGUAAGCACGAACUUUUCCAAUCUAGUGGUUCUCGUAUAUGUGUGA